AUGAGUGAACCAGUACCUAUGAGUUUAAGCGUACCGACACAGAAAUGUGAUGGUAUUGAAGAUGGUUCGGCAGAUGAUGGAGAUAGUAUUCCUGAAUCUAAUGUUUGGGGUCGAUUAUUAACAAUCAAUAAAAUUUUUCCAUCAAUUAAUUUAAUAGAAAAAGAAUAUUCAUUUGGUCGUGGUAAAACAUGUUCAGUAGUAUUUAAUUCUAGUGAACAACAAACAUCAAAAUAUUUUCUUGCUUAUUCAUCAACACAUUUUAAAAUCAUUCGUGAUGAUAUCAAAAAUUAUGCGUAUAUACUUGAUUUAUCAUCAAAUGGAACAUAUGUAAAUGGAGAAAAAAUAGGAAAAAAUAAAAAACAUAUUUUAGAAAAUAAUGCCGAAAUUGAAUUAGCAUCAAAAACGAAUCGUGUUUAUGUUUAUAUUGAUACAAAUGCAAAUGAAGAUUCAUCGAUUCCAGCUAUUGUUAGUGAAAAAUAUAUUGUUUCAAAACAAAUUGGACGUGGUGCUUAUGGAGAAGUGAAACUAUGUUUUGUUCGAGGUACCUGUGAUCGUUUUGCUAUGAAAAUAAUUGCUAAAAAGACUUUUACACAUAUGGGUCCACAAGCUCUUGUAUUUAAUCAACAGAUAAAAAGUGAAUGUACGAUUUUACAAGGUGUAAAUCAUCCAUGUAUUAUUCGUAUACAUGAUGUUUAUGAAACAGAUGAUGCUCUUUAUAUCAUACUUGAAUUAGUCGAAGGUGGAGAAUUAUUUGAUCGUAUAGUUGCACAUGGUCAAUUUGAUGAAGCAACAAGUAAAUUUCUUUUUCGACAAAUGUGUAUUGGUGUUCAAUAUUUACAUGAACGUUCUAUAACACAUCGUGAUUUAAAACCUGAAAAUAUUCUUUUAACAUUACCAGAUACAAAUGAAACAUUAAUUAAAAUAACUGAUUUUGGUUUAUCAAGAUUAAUUAAUGAAACAAGUUUAAUGAAAACAUUUUGUGGUACACCAAAUUAUCUCGCUCCCGAAGUAUUAGUAAAUCGUGGUGAAGGAAGUUAUACAAAUAAAAUUGACGUAUGGAGUUUAGGUGUUAUUUUAUAUAUAUGUUUAGUUGGUUAUCCACCAUUUAGUGAAUCACCUGAUUCACCUCCAUUAACUGAACAAAUUCUUAAAGGUCUUUAUACAUUUCCUGCUGAAUUUUGGUCAGAUGUAUCCGAACCAGCCAAAGAUCUUAUACGACAAAUGAUGUGUGUUGAUCCAAAUAAACGAUUGACAAUGUCUGCUGUACUUGAACAUCCAUGGUUAGCAAAUGAUCAAGAGAAUACUAGUCGAGUAGACAAAAUUAUGCAUCCAAUUCAAUUACCUACUAGAAGCUAUAAACGUUCAGCAACUGAUGAUGAUUCUGCAAUGGAUGAAGAUGUUGAUACGCCUGCAACAGAUACUAGUACAAUUGGACGAGCCAAACGUGUGAAAUAUUAA